AUGAAACGACCAACAAACACACGGCCUCCAGUACCCAGCUGCACAAAAGCCCUGAACUUAGGAGGUGAUCCUGGUUCAGACCAGCAGAGUGCAGGAGGUGCUAAGAAUCUCUGGGGCAGCAAGGAUCACCGAACAUCAAGACCAGUGAAAAAUUUCAACAUCAUUACUUACAACAUAAGAACUCUGAAGAACAAUGAAAGACUUGCAGAAUUGGAAACUGAACUCCAGGACACCGGAGUUAAAUGGCAUGUGAUAGGCUUGUCAGAAAUUAGGCGAGCGGAAGAAUGCUUAAUUACCUUGAAUAGUGGACAUAUAUUGUACCAUACAAAUGAUUCAAAUGGCCAACAAGGAGUUGGAUUUCUGAUACACAAAGCGCUAAGCAAGAACAUCAUCGAGGUAAAGCAAAUAAGCACAAGGGUGGCUACAGUCAAGCUCAAAGUGAAUCAGAGAUUCUCAAUGAAACUCAUUCAGGUAUAUGCACCAACAUCAAGCAGACCAGAUGAAGAAGUAGAACAACUGUAUGAAGAAGUACAACGUCAGUUGACAACAGACUGCCACUACCACAUAGUCAUGGGUGAUUUCAAUGCCAAGAUCGGGAUAAAGUCAGACGAACAAGAGCGUGCCACAGGGGAAUUUGGCAGCAGAGAGAGGAAUGAUAGAGGAGACUUACUGAUUGAAUGGGCGACAGCAAAUAACUUGAAGAUCAUGAAUACCGUCUACAAGAAGAAGAUAUCAAGAAGAUGGACAUGGCAAAGCCCAGAUGGAUGUACAAGAAACGAAAUUGAUUACAUCAUGACAAACAGACCGAACAUCUUCACGGAUGUGAAAGUGCUAAACAGACUGGAUGCAGGCAGUGACCACAGAGCAGUAAUGGGAGUGAUCAGGAUCAAUGUCAGGAAGGACAGACAGAAAUGCCUGUCAAAUCCAUCAAAGAGACCUAGUAUCGAGCAACUGGUCAUAAAGAAAGACGAGUUCCAAAUCCUCCUAAGGAACAGAUUCAGUGCACUAGAGCUAGAAGGUGAAGAUGGAGUAGAUGAAAUGAACAAUAGAAAAACGACCACCAUCCUAGAAUGUGCAUCAGAAGUCGCACCGGCCAGUAAAAUGAAAGACUCAAAGCUCUCAACAGAAACAAGGAUUCUCAUGAAGAAAAGACGGAUGAUGAAGAAAACGGAGGUAAACAACAACAGGGACAUCAGAAACAACAUCGAAUAUGCAGAACUGGAUAAGACCAUCAAGAAGAAGGCAAGGGAAGACAUCAGGACAUUUGUAAAACACAAUAAGAAAUCGACGAAGUUAUAA